AUGCAGAACGAGGCCGGCCAGUCGAUUGACAUCUAUAUCCCGCGUAAAUGCUCGUGGACCAACCGCAUCCUUGCGGCCAAGGACCACGCCUCGGUGCAGAUUAACGUCGGCCGCGUCAAUGCGAAUGGCGUUUUUACUGGUGAAUCUGAUACCUUUGCUUUGGCUGGCUACAUUCGCCACCAUGGUGAGGGAGACAUUGCCAUCACGGAGCUGUCUCGUCAGGCGGACGCCAAGAACUAA